AUGAAUGAAACAAAACAAAAACCCUUCGAGGACAUGGGACGCUCUUAUGUGGAAGAGGCAGCAGAUCAUCCUCCAGCAUACACAGCUCCAGGACCCUCGAUACAAUCAAACCAAUCACCACCAGUACAAGAAACCCCUUCUCAAACAAACCACAAACCAAUCGCAAUUCCAGCCAUCGCCUCCCCCUCUGAUUCUCCUUUCAUCCGCGCAUAUCCACCAAUUUUGAGAAACCACCAACUCCCCAAGGAAUCCUUCCUCGCGUUCCUCGACCAACUGAACAAGGACAUAGCCGCCAGUCCGCCCCUCCAAGUCCUAGAUGCAACAGGCGGGAUCUUGAACUCCGUCCCGAUCCUAUUCCCGCUGCACUGGAUUGGAUCCGCUGUCAGCGGGCUCGCAAAUCUGAGCAGCCAAGGCAUGGCCAAAAGCCGGACGGACUCGUCUAUCAAAAGAGCUAAUAAGGACAUAUUCGGUCCACGCGGCUUGAGAGUUGAAAUUGCAAAGCUGGAUGCGUUGGCACAUGUCGCAAAAAUACCUAUAUUGGAUUCUCAGGGCAAAAUCAAUCGGCAAUCGCCUCUGUUUCUACAACUUCAGAACGAGGUGUCCAUGGCCAACGCUGGGACAGAUGAAAGGCAGCAGCAGGAGCUUAGUUUGCAGCAGAGGAUUGGCACUUUGCAGCCCUGGAUUGCUGAGCUUGAAUUUGAGAUAUUGCCUUGGUCUUCUAAGUCUAAGUUGACGCGGUUCAACGCCUCGUUGAAGAAGUAUAAUGAGUCGGGUGAUCAGGAGAGGAGAGGUAUGGGUAGGCGAGGCGAGGGCUAUACUCAAGAGACCAAACAGGAAGAAGCUUCUUUUAAAAAGGCUUUGUGGCUUGUCAUUCGAGAGGUUGAGACAGAUGAAAGGCGUUAA